UUUGCUUUUUUGAAGAAACAAGAUUAUGCUCAUCACAUAGUUUUAAAAUCUGUUUCUUAGCGAUAUUGGGGACUUUUUACUUACUUAUUCUUCAACAUAGUGUUGAGUCACUGUAUGAUUCCGAUUAUGAGGAUAGAAAGUGGCUUCGUGGACAUAGUCUCUACAUGUGGUUUUAGGAUCUUUGCUUUGAGUCCCAGCUGUCAUCUGAGUUACAAAGUUCCUUGGGCGCGCUUUGCACUUAACUCUUUGUACACAUUUCUGCUCAUUUGAUUGGGAUAAAUUCCUUAUUGUGGAAAACACUCUAAGCCAAAGAUUGCAGUGGAAUUUUGGCUUCUAUAUAACAUUUACUCCUAAGUGCUGGCUAGCUGACAUCACUUAUCUUUUUGGCAGCGUAAUUUCUUCCAGGAGCUCCAGUGGAAGCUAUCCUCAAUCUUAGCAAGCCAAUUUCUCACAAAUUAGGAAUGAUCUUACACAUCCUGCUGGUCUUACCCCUGUGUACCAUGUCCCAACAGGCCUCUAAGCUGAGACUCAACUAGAAGGAGACCGUUUCCCAUGAAUUAGUCUCUCCUAAUAUGUUGGUUGUCAGUGGCUUUCACAACCAAAGAGGUGGUGCCACUUCUGCCAACACCUGCACUUACAUUUUCCCUUUGCUUAAGAAAUGUCAUCACCUCCAGGCGGUAUUGGGAGAUUCCAUUUCAGGGGAGAGCAGAGAAGACGUGAUUAGGAGGCAGGGGACUCAGAUGGAUCUUGAAGUGCACUCUGAAGGUCGUCUGAAGACCCCGUAGUAAACACCCCCCUACCAAGGCUACACAUGAUAACGGAAGGGAACCAGGACCGUGCUGUGGCCACAUAGAAUGGGCGCUGCCAUGGCAUUUGUGACCUAGCCACAUGGAACCUAGGUGAGGGCAGUGGGCGACAACGGAAUGUGGGGACCCGGUGCAAGGCCGAGGGAAGGGCCUCAGAGAAGGGCCUUGGUGUGGCCGAGGUGUUAGACAGUCUAGACAAGAUGAGGGAACAAACAGUCCCGCAGGGCUUCGGAGUGGAGCCGCAUCCACACUGGCCCCCCCAGGCCAGUGACGUGGUGCUGCUCCCGACUCGACGCAUCACUCUGACACCGUUUCACAGUUACGUUGGGCACGCUGCCACCAUGACCCAGGUCAUCAAUGGCGCCAAUCACCAAGUGCCUGGUUUCGUUAUUGCCACCAUAGGAUGGAUCCUCUGUACAACUUCCAUGGGCCUUGUGGAGUGGCGAGUGUGGCACAUGGACGACCCCACGUUCUUCCCCACUGGCGUUGCCUGUGUGGGAAUGUGGAGAGUCUGCAUCUACCAUCAUGACACCAACAUUAGCACAGCCAAAGUUUGUUAUCGGUACUCCUACUCUGAUGACUUUCUCCCGUUCGAGGUUCGUAGUGCUCAACACCUCCUGCUGAUUGCCAGCAUUCUAGGGCUCCUGGGGAGACUCUUCAGUAUCCUUGCACUUAGGAAUGUAUACGUGGGAAUCACUCAGAAGCAUGCCUGCAAUCCAUUCAUUCUUUCGGGGAUGCUGAAUUUAAUUGCUGCUGCCUGUAUCACACUUGCCGUGCUCCAGAAUUACUACUCUAUCAAAAAUUUACAGGGGAUUGCCUUCCCGCCAUCUUUCUAUAUGCCCUUCAAGCCAGAUACCCAGGAAAGCGGGAAUGCCGCUUUAGUGGCAAGUAUAGCUGCCUUCCUGAUGCUCUUAAGUGGGUUGUUUUUUCUCUGUUACAAAUGUCCCUCGAAGAGCCAAGUGCAUCCUGCGGUUUGAGAAACAGGAAUUUCCUGGUUGUGUGGGCUUUGCAAAUCCAAGAUUCCCAAGAGUAUAUGGGAAGUAUUACCAGGAUGCUCUACCAAAUAUUUCCAAGGACUCAAGACAAUGGCAAAGGUAGUUUGGGACACAAAGUAGCCAACUGUUUCCCUCUGUCACAUUGUGUGUCUAAAUGUGGUUCAUUGAUUGGUUAGCUGAAUUUAGAACUUUCAAUAAAAAUGUGUCUUGCCCACCA